GGAGCCGAGCAUUAUUUAAUGUCAUGCAUUAUUGAGGGCGGUAUAACAAAUUCACAUGCUCAGUCUGUGGUCUAUCAACAUUUGUUGUAAGUUCGAGUGCCGCGAAAAUGUCGAGAUCAAGCUCAACGACGGGCCAUCAGCUUUCAGAAUAUGAGAAUCAGAUGUUUCUUGAGAUCUUUGGUGAAGACGGUUUGCUGUUAAUGGCCAGGGGUCUGGGCAUUGAUCGCAUUGCAUUACACAUACUGAAUCUGUACAGCGAUCCAGGCAACCUUGUUCUCGUUGUGAACACGAGUUCUUCCGAAGAGGGAUACUACAUUGAAGAGCUGGAGAAAAGGGGCGUGUCUACACUACCCAAGGUCAUCAAUAAUGAAUACGGCACAAAUGAGAGGAGAGACAUUUAUCUUCAAGGUGGGGUUCUCUUUGUCACCUCCAGAAUUCUUGUUGUGGAUAUGUUAACUGAUCGACUUCCCAUUGACUUAGUGACUGGAGUGCUUGUUUUCAAGGCACACAAGAUCAUCGAAUCUUGCCAGGAGGCAUUCAUCCUACGUCUUUACCGUCAGAAGAACAAGACAGGCUUCAUCAAGGCCCUUUCAGACCAGCCCCAGUCCUUUGCCGCGGGCCUCUGCCAGCUGGAGAGGGUGAUGCGUAACCUGUUUGUCCGCAAGCUCUUCCUGUGGCCGAGGUUCCAUGCAUCUGUGACUGAUUAUAUGGAUGCACAUAAGCCUGAUGUAGUCGAGAUUCAGCUCAAACUUAGCCCGUCCAUGCUGGCUAUACAGACGGCCAUCCUCGACAUCAUAGCCGCCUGCAUUAAGGAAGUCCAACGAUGUAACCCGUCGCUGGAUAGUUCGGAAAUCACAGUGGAAGCAGCCAUUGGACGGAAGUCACUGGAGCAAGCUAUCCGGAGACAGCUACAGCCUCUUUGGCAUCAACUGACUUCCACCACAAAACAACUUGUGGCCGAUUUGAAGCUUCUGCAGAUGCUAUUGUACUACUUGACACAGUACGACUGUGUUACAUUCUACAAUUUUCUCAAAUCCCUGAGAUCCAGUGAGAAAACCGUUACAAAUAACUCGGGUUGGUUGUUUAUGGAAGCAGCUGAAUCCAUGUUUGCGCACGCCAAAGGUCGAGUGUAUAAAUCAUCCAAGACAGCGAAGGGGAAGAUUACUCAGGAUGGUGAGGGUACCAGUGACAGGGCACCAGCCACUCGAGAACUGAACCUGGAAGAGAACCCAAAGUGGAAGGUACUAUCCGAAAUCAUGGAGGAAAUUAAGCAAGAAAGCACCGCAAUGAAAUCAGAAUUCAACAGCAGUCGCAUCUUGAUAUGCGCCAGCGAUGACAGAACCUGCGCUCAGCUGAAAGAGUACCUCCAAGAUGGUGGCCAGGAGCUGCUGCAGAGACUAUAUGCAAAGACUCUCGCGGACCAGUCAAGCAAGGAUACGGAUGGUACAGCAGCAGCAAGACAGAUGUCCAACCAGACUGCCAAGAACCGACCCAGCAGGGGAAGAAGGAAAGCCAGAGGUCAAAAGUCGGUAACUGGAAAGGAUGCCGGUGAUGCCAAGGAUAAACCUCUCACUCUGACGCAGAUGGUUCGAGGCAAAGGUGGACCCCAGCAGCAGGAGUCGGAGAGCGACAAUGAAGAUGCAGAGAUGGAGGUUGCCAGUGACGAGGAGGAUAAACCCGAUGAGGAAGCGUUGUUGGUGUCGUCUCCCGAGGCCUACUACGGCAUCACUACAUCACCCCUCACCGUCAUACACCCACUGCACGGAUGCCACGUGGCCCCAUGUGCUCUGUGUAUUCUUCUGCAGGUUUUCAAAGCCAGCAGGCCGGGACAUCCACUCAGGGUCUAUUUCCUCAUCUACUGUGGCUCCACCGAAGAGCAGCGCUACCUGACCAGCCUGCGACAGGAGAAGCAAGCCUUUGAGCACUUGAUCAAAGAGAAGGCGACCAUGGCGUUACCAGAAGAGGUGGAGGGCCACGGGGACACAGCACCGCAGCUGAAUAGGGACCAGCAGUCGGCAACUGGUUCCCUGCAAGGCAGCAGCAGCAGAGCUGGUGGUCGCCAGUCACAGGGACAGGUGCAGCAGAAGGUUAUUGUUGACAUGCGUGAAUUCCGGAGCGAGCUUCCUUCCCUAAUUCACAAGAGAGGAAUUGACAUAGAGCCAGUUACAAUCGAGGUCGGUGACUAUAUUCUGACCCCGGACAUCUGUGUGGAGAGGAAGAGCGUCAGUGAUCUGAUUGGCUCCUUAGCAUCCGGGAGGCUCUUCAACCAGUGCACUGCCAUGACACGUUACUACAAACACCCUAUGCUGCUCAUUGAGUUUGACCCCAAGAAGUCGUUUUCGCUACAAUCUAAAAGCACUGCCUCUAAGGAGAUCAGCUAUCAGGACCUGUCCUCCAAGAUUGCCCUUCUCACCAUGCAUUUCCCGAAGCUCCGCAUCCUCUGGUGCCCCAGCCCUCAUGCCACUGCACAGCUGUUUGAAGAACUCAAGGCUGGGCGGGAGCAGCCUGAUGCAUCUGCUGCUGCCACGGUGACAGCGAGCGAGGAAGCGCAGCAAGCCAGGUACAACCACGGUCCCUACGACAUGCUGCUGAAGAUGCCUGGCAUUAACAUCAACAACUGCAGGCGGCUUCUCAAGUGCGUCAGCAAUUUCACGGAGCUCAGCGCACUGAGCCAGGAGCAGUUGGCCCAGGCGUUAGAGCACAGCGGUAAUGCGGCACUACUGUGGUCCUUCCUUCACUCUAAGGGAUCACUGGGCAAAGACACCGCCAAGACUGCCAACCCAGCAGGGAAAUUCCAGCGGGGAAGCAAGAGGCCGUUUUACGGGAGGAAGAAAGGGGCCACCAAGAGGUGAUUGAGGUGGAACCGGCACAGGGACCAGUUACUUUAAGGGUGCAUGGCGGGGUCUAGAUAUUCGGAGGAAAAGGGGUUUCUUUGAGGGAAGUAAAUUUGAUACAUUCCCCGCUUGGUAAGUCCGUGAGCUUGGUUCUGUGUUGAGCUUACUAGGCCUAUUCAACUUAACACAGAACCCAACCUCACGGUGCUGCCAAGUGGGGAAUGUUGGCUUUAACACAUACGCGGUACGCAGUAAAACCAGUCACGAUACAAACCAAAUGCCUUCAUGGCUAGCAACCUGAUCUGGCUCGGCAAGCAUUUCCUUUGUUUGGCAAAUUCCUGUACCCUAUAUUUCCAUGAAAGAUAGGCUGCAUCCAAAUGUGUUGUCCAGAGCUAGGUCUAGGUCUCCGUUCCAACUGAAAUAUCCAGAGAUGCAUUGAUAAUACACAGCUGUAGCCCUAGAAGCCCGUUUAAGACACGACUGUAUCUUAUUAACUUGGCUGGGCCUAUAAAAAGUGGGUUGAAAAUUAUUUUUAAUUAAAAUGAGUAUACCAAAUGUGACAACACUACAAUAGGCAGAUAAAGGGCUCAAUCGGUAGCUCGUUUACACCUCAAAGAUGUUUGCCGAAACUGCUUCUGUUUUAUGCAGUGUUCUCUUACAGAACAGAGUGCUUGCACACGACGCCUUAAUGGAGUGCAGUUUUUGUCAGUUAGAUUCAGUGACGGUGGAAGUACAAAGCAUUUGAUUAGGUAGAUCAUAAUCCAUACAGGAAGAACAACCUUCCCUCUAUGGUGGUUCACCGGCCGUGCCAGCACUGUGCAAAGGAGGCAACAGUACAUUGAAUAUGAGGAAUCCUAUGUGUGUGGUAAAUAUUGCACCCAAGACACCUGUGGGACCAAUGACUAAAAGAUCAGAAUUGUAAGCUGCGCUGUAUCCAAACUCCAGGUUCACAUCAGCCGGUGCAAACUUCACUUUGUAAAAGACGCCUAGUACAAUGUAUGAAUAGUGUACAUUUUUAAAGUGCAUCAGAAUGCUGUGUCUUAUGCCCUUACUGUGCAUCUCAGGGUUGUUGAGAAUGAAAUAAAGAGAUGAAAUCAUU